AUGGCGCCCAUCACAUCCAAGAUGGUCUCCCUCCCACUGCUUGCCCGCGCCAGCUCGCCCCCGUCGCCCUCCUCAACUCCCUCGACCCCCUCGGACCCCUCGCCCCCCUCGCCCUCCGUCGUCUCGUCCUCCUCCGCCGCCGCCGACGCCGCCAUUGCCGCCAACUCCCACUACGUCCGCGGAGAACGCGGGCACCCCCAGGGGAUACUCAACAUGGAGUAUCUGGAGGAGCGUGCGGCCGCCAGAAAGGCGGCGAAAAAGGCCGAAAAGGCCGCGAAGAAGGCCGAGAAAGGCGUAAAGAAGGUCGAGAAGACCUUGAAGAAGAGAGCGGCCAUGAUGGCCGAGAAGCUCCGGCCCGGGUGGCUCUUUCGAAAACCCGUCGCCUCCGAUGCCUCCGACAACGAGCAGGCCCAGCAGACUGGGGAAAACCCCCAGGGAUAUUAUGCGUAUAUAGCUGCUGCCUCCGGUGUCCGGGCGGGGCCCUCCAAUGAGGGGGGCAAUAACGGGCAGAAGUCGCCCUCCGAUGAGGGUGUAAAGGAACUUCUGCCCACCUCCCGUCCCCCCUCUCCCCCCCUCUCCUCCCCCCCUCUCCCCCCGCCUCUCCCCCGCCUCCCCCGACUGCGCGUGCUCGUGGAUGGCUCCAUGAUGGAGCAUCCAUCGCCCUCCGCCGCCGCCGCCGCCGCCAAUGCCCCCGAUUACGGGGUUGAUUUUGUUGUCGCGCCGCCCGGUUGCCACUUGCUCGCCACAUCGGCGCAGCAGCCAGAGACCCCAUCUGGCCUGGGCAAGGCAGCCCUUUCGCUGCUCGCUGGGACGAAGUGA